UUUUGUUGUGUCAUUGGAUUUGCUUGGGCAUCUUCUCUCUCAUCUUGAUUCUCAAAAAUCAUCUUUGAGUGGUACAUAAAUUGUCUAUAGAGAGCAUAGUGAGGACAGGCAGUCGGUUCAUCAUCUCAUCACCACAUCCGUCUCUUCUCAGCUGCUGGAUACCACUCUGCCGUCUUCUAUACUUCUUUUCUUUUCGUCACCAUGUCUGUUGAAUCAGUCAAAGCCUCCGUCUUAUUCGGCGAGAAAGAUCUUCAGUUUAUUGAGCGCUCUCUAGAAUCUCCCAGCGCAGACGAGGUCCAAGUCUCCAUCGACUCAACUGGCCUCUGCGGCUCAGACCUGCACUAUUACAACCACUACCGCAAUGGCGACAUCCUCGUCCGCGAGCCGCUGACGCUGGGCCACGAGUCCAGCGGCACAGUCGUCGCGGUUGGGUCCGCCGUCACGAACCUCCAGCCGGGCGAUCGUGUCGCGCUCGAGGUUGGCCUGCCAUGCGAGUCUUGCGACUACUGCGAGAGCGGCAGAUACAACAUCUGCAAAGGCAUGAAGUUUCGCAGCUCGGCCAAGGCGUUUCCGCACAUGCAGGGGACGCUGCAGGAGAGGAUCAACCACCCUGCGCGAUGGGUUCACAAGCUCCCCGACGGCGUUUCCAGUGACCUCGGCGCCCUGAUUGAGCCUCUCUCCGUCGCCUUACACGCCUAUCGCCGCGCUGCUCUCCCGGCCUCAACUCCCGUCCUCGUCUUUGGCGCAGGAGCCGUCGGCCUUCUCUCCGCGGCCGUCAGCAAGGCCAUGGGCUCACCAGCAGUCAUCAUCGCCGACAUCCAGAAAGACCGCGUGGACUUUGCCGUCAACAACGGGUUUGCCGAUGCGGGCUUUGUCGUGCCGAUGGCAAGGCCGCAGACGAUUGACGAGAAGCUGGCGUAUGCGCAGCAAGUCGCGGAUUUGGCGGGCAAUGUCGAAGUUGGAGGCGUGCCGGUCGGCCAGGUUGGAGCCGUGUUUGAGUGCACCGGUGUGGAAUCUUGCGUGCAGAGUGCCAUCUACGCUACAAGACCAGGCGGGAAGGUCCUCAUCAUCGGCAUGGGCACCCCCAUUCUCACUCUGCCCUUGUCUGCGGCUGCCCUUCGCGAGGUCGACAUUGUUGGCGUGUUCAGAUACGCCAACACGUAUGCCGACGCCAUUGAAAUGCUGCACAAGAAGGACCCCGUUUUCCCCGACCUGGAAAAGCUCAUCACACAUCGAGUCAAGGGCCUUGACGCAGUGCAAGAGGCGUUUAAAUUGGCGGGAAAAGUCAAGGAUGGUGAGGGUAAACUGGUUCUCAAGGUUGUGAUUGACACAAAGAAAUGAUUGGAUAAAUAGUUCAAAAUUCAGAUAAAGAGGCUAUGAGAUGACAUUACGACUGAAAGAAAAGAACACUGGAAUGAAGAAGGGGUAGAAAGUUGUGGUUGGGAAUAUAUCAUGGCGAUUGGUUGAUUGGUAGCUAAUUCUAAUACUGUAAACAUACUCGUUUCAUUUAUUACUCUGCUCUAUUUUAUGAUUUAUCGGGGAAGCCAAAGUCAACGCCAAAUGGUGGGUAGACGUAGCGUUUCAGCUCGCCCUUCUUGGUCAGGUCGUCUGAAUAGUCGUUCAACAGCUUCAUGUCCUCGUCAUCAAGAGUGACAAUGUCCAGAUUGGACUUGAUGCGCGACGGCGUAACAGACUUUGCGAGGACUGUGCUACCACGGUU